AGUUAAAUGCACCAUUGCCACUGCACGAAGCGAACAAAAUCUCUGUCAACAAGUGUCACUACUUGCUAAUCUAUUCGCCAUAUUGUGAAAUCUGUCAACAGUCAAGUUUAUUAUUGUUUACAAAACUAUCCGAUCGGUGGUCCCGUGUGCGCGCGACACCGUUGGUUGCAAUUUUCGCCCGCUUUAUCACACAUUCUCCGUUCUCUGUGCAGUAGAUAAUGGUACUCGCAAAAUGUAUUCGUUUCACUGCUUCAGCAGCCGGCAAGAUUGGCCCACGGGAUAUAUUGGCUAACUUUCGUAACCUGGCAACUACCACCGUAACAUCAACACCGAGUUCAACCAUAUCAGCAACCAGCCAAGAUCAGCAGCGACGGCAGCAUGCUUCCUACGGGAAAAUGUCUGGCUGGCAGAUACAUGCAUACGGUGUGCCACAAGAAGAGAUACAGUUCAACGAUGGUAUCAAAAUGCCCAUCCUAAGAUCACCCACCCAGCUGCUGGUGAAGGUGAAAGCAUCCUCAGUCAACCCGAUCGAUGUAGCCAUGAUCAACGGAUACGGUGCAGCGGUACUGAAUGCAAUGCGCUGCAAAGAUGGUGGAAUCGAAUUUCCGCUCGUGCUUGGACGCGACUUUUGUGGCGAAAUUGUACAGAAGGGUUUGGGCAUUUCUAGUCGUGAGCUUGAAGUAGGCGACGAAGUGUGGGGCGUCGUGCCGCUGCACUUGCAAGGUUGCCAUGCCGAUUACGUUGUGGUGGAAAAAUAUUGUCUGUUCAAGAAACCCUCCAAUUUAAGCAAAAUCGAUGCAAGCGCCAUACUAUAUGCCGGUUUGACGGCCUGGUCGGGGUUGUACAUUACUGGCCAUCUGGGUGAUUUACUUGGCGCUAUUUCACCCGUCGGUGGCGGUGCGGGCAAGAAAGUUCUCGUACUUGGUGCAGCUGGCGGUGUCGGUACACUCGCUGUACAGAUGCUGUUGGCCGAAGGAGUGGAAGUGUUUGCCACCUGCUCACCGGAUGCAAUGCAAAUGCUGCACAAUCUUGGUGUAAAAUACGUACUGGACUAUACCGAUCCUGCGCACGUGCAGAAUGUGGCCAGUGUUGGGAGAUUCGACAUCGUGCUGGAUUGUGCCGGGAAAGGCACGGACUAUGCUAACGAGGUACCAUGGUUGUACGAUCAGUACAUCACCUUCAAUUCGCCAGUACUUAAAAACAUCGACGCCGAUGGUUUUGCAUCCGGGAUGUAUCAGAAUGCCGUUAAUCUCGUGCGUAAUAAUGCGGCUUCGCUAAGCACCCGGCAAGGUCUUGUGAAGUGGGGUUACUUUGUGCCAGCCCCUCAAGGUAUCGCCUACCUGCAGCGUUUGGCAGAGAAGAACAAACUGUUGCCGGUGGUAGAAAAGGUAUUCCCGUUCGCUAGUAUACCCGAGGCGUACGAACGUGUCUCGCAAAAGCAUUUACGAGGGAAGAUUGUGAUUGAUUUCGAGUAAGCCGAGACGGUCGACUUAUCAAAUCUCGUAGAUCAAACAGAUAGUUUAACUGUCAAGAGAUUCGACUCCGAAUACGGUAGAACGUAGGUAAACGAAAUAUUGUAGCGAAUCGUACACAUCACGUUGCUACGUGUGAUUAUACAGUAGAAAUUAAAGAGCACUCAAUUAA